AUGGCUUCGAACGACCACAAUCGAUACGAUGACUCGGACGACGAGGAUGACUUCAACCCUGCGCCUGCCGAUCUCUCUGACGACGAACCUAGCCACAACUCUGGUCAGCGACAUGCGGGUAGCGAUGCGCGAGAGAGCAGCCCUGCUGCUGACGAUGACGACGCCGCCGCUGCCCCCAAAUCUCGACGAGUAGAUGACGAUGAGGAUGAUGAGCAAGACGAUGAGGAGGGUGGCCAAAACGACGAUGACGAAGAGGACGACGAGGAUGAAGAAGACGAGGAUGAUGUUCAGCAGGGACAUCGUCGCAAGCGUCGCAGGGAUCGUCGCGCCGUCUUCUUCGAUAUCGAGGCCGAGGUCGAGGACGAAGAAGAUGGCGAGGAUGAGGAGAAAGACGGUGAAGAGAUAGAGGACUUCAUCGACAACGCUCAUCCUGACGACAUUGCCGAAAGUGGAGGCCUCGACGAUGACCGAAGGCACCGCGAGCUGGAUCGCCGACGCGAGAUGGAGUCCAGCAUGGAUGCUGAGAAGCAGGCCGAAAUUCUUCGACAGCGCUACGGUAACCGUCGCCCCAACAAGGGCUUCGGCGAUUCCACUGUUGUCCCCAAGCGCCUCCUGAUGCCUAGUGUGGAGGAUCCUACGAUCUGGGCUGUUAGGUGCAAGGAGGGCAAGGAGCGAGAAGUCGUCUACUCUAUCAUGAAGCGUAUCGAUGAGCGGAUGGGCACCAAGGAUGAGUUGGCUAUCAUUUCGGCUUUCGAACGUGGCGGCCCAACCUCCGUCAUGAAAGGCUACAUCUACGUCGAGGCCAAUCGUUCAACGGAUAUUAUGGUUGCGCUAGACGGCAUGUUCAACGUCUACCCUCGGUCAAAGAUGAUUCUCGUCGACAUCAAGGACAUGCCCGACUUGCUCCGUGUGACCAAGACGCCCACUCUCGAGCCUGGUGCCUGGGUCCGGCUUCGCAAGCCAGCCAAGCACGCCGGUGACCUGGCGCAAGUCAUUGACGUUACCGAAAAUGGUCUUGAAGCCCGAGUCCGCUUCAUCCCGCGUCUUGACUACGGCAUGAGAGAUGAUGCCCUUGCCGCCCUUACCUCUGAUGGCAAACGGAAGCGCCCCGUUGGCGUGCCUGGACCAAGACCGCCACAGCGUUUGUUCAACGAGACGGAGGCCCGAAAACGUCACCCCCGGCAUAUCCAAGGAAACCCGACGACCAAGGUUUGGACAUACAUGGGUGAUGAGUUUGAGAACGGCUUCCAGGUGAAGGAUAUUAAGAUCCAGCAGCUAGUUGUCACGGACGUCAACCCCACUUUAGAGGAAGUCACUAGGUUCGCUUCCGGCGCUGAGGAUGGUACCGAAAAUCUCGAUCUCAAAGCCCUUGCUGCCAGCCUCAAGGACAGCAACAUCAACGUCACUUACCUUCCCGGCGAUGUCAUCGAAGUCUACGAUGGUGAGCAAAAGGGCGUCGUUGGAAAAGCAACAAACGUCCAAGGCGACAUCGUCACGAUGCAGGUUACGGAGGGAGACCUCGUAGGUCAGGUCAUUGAGGUCCCUACCAAGGGCUUGAGAAAGAGAUUCAAGAUCGGAGAUCAUGUCAAGGUUACCAGCGGCAGCCGAUUCCGCGACGAAGUUGGUAUGGUUGUCAAGAUUUCCGAAGACCGAGUAACCUUCUUGACCGACCAAACCAACACGGAGGUCACGGUCUUCAGCAAAGAUCUGCGUGAAGCCAGCGAUAUUGGCGGCCAAGGUGCGUUGGGUCAGUACGAGCUCUUUGACCUCGUUCAGCUGGACCCGACCACUGUGGGCUGCAUCGUUAAGGUCGAUCGCGAGUCAGUGGUUGUGCUCGAUCAAAACGGAGACACUAGACAGGUCAUGCCAUCCCAAAUUGCCAACAAACUCCCGAAGAGAAAGGUUGCUGUGGCUGCCGAUAGAAACGGCUCCGAGAUCCGGCUCGAUGAUGUUGUCAGGGAGUAUGGCGCCCAACAACGGCAGGGCAAAAUCAUUCACAUCCACCGCGCAUACGUAUUCUUGCACAGCAACAACAAUAACGAGAACGCCGGUGUGUUCGUUACCAAGGCUAGCAAUGUCACAACUAUCGCUGCCAAGGGUGGACGCGUGCUUUCAGCGGGUCCCAACUUGGAUCAAAUGAACCCGGCGAUGAAGCGCAACCCUGGCGGCGCAGAGAGCAAGAUGGCACCUCCCAAGACCUUCGGCCGUGAUCGUUCUAUCAACCAAACUGUCAUCAUUCGGAAGGGUGGUUACAAGGGUCUUUUGGGUAUCGUCAAAGAUGCCACGGAAACUCACGCCCGUGUUGAGCUGCACACCAAGAGCAAGACCAUCACGGUGCCCAAGGACCAUCUUAGCUUCAAGGACAAGAAUACCGGUGCCAAGAUCGACAUCAAUGGACGGGGUCCAAGACCGGGCCAAGGCGGCGCUCCUGGAGGCGGGCGUGGAGGAGACUGGCAAGGAGGACGUACACCAGUCGCCUCUAGCGGCGCGGAGAGGACGCCCGCAUGGGGUUCACGAACUCCUGCACCGACUGGCGGCAGAACACCUGCUUGGAAGUCUAGCAGCCAGGACUACGGAUCCGGCUCUCGCACUCCCGCCUGGGCUGACGGCUCAAGGACUGCUUAUGGCGAUGGUAACAGAACCGCGUAUGGCGGAGGUUCAAGGACUCCGGCAUGGCAGUCAGGCGCAAAGACACCUGCACAUGACGCUUUUGGAUUGGGGUCGAAGACGCCAGCUUAUGGCGGGAGCGAUGCCUGGGGCUCAGGCUCGAAGACGCCUGCCUAUGGAGGCUCUGCACCCACUCCCGGCGCCAGCGGUAGUGAUUCAUGGGGAUACACCCCAGGCAACUCUGGCUACGACGCGCCGACGCCGGGUGGAAACCUCCUGGGUGCACCCACACCCGGUGCUCUCAAUGCUCCCACACCGGGUGCCUAUUCGGCACCCACCCCAGCGGCCGCGAGUGCUCCGACUCCUGGUGGAGGAUGGCAAGGAGGCUGGGCUGCUGAUUCGGCCCCUACACCAGCGGCCGGCGCUCCCACUCCGGCGGCCAGUGGCUUCGCCUCCUCUUCUGGCUAUUACGGCGCCCCCACCCCUGCUGCCUAUGGCGCGCCCGAGACACCGGCGGCCAGCGGGCCUAGAUACACCGACGAUGACUGA